UAUGAUUGUUUAUCUUGUUAAUUAAUUUUUAAGCCUCGUUCGUUCACCGAUGCUAUAGAAACGACCCACACUUAUCGGAAUGUUUUAUAAAAGUCGUAAACGAACUUCGACCCCGCUUAGCAAAAGGCAUACCCGAAUUGAAUUUGUCUCCAAUAGACCCUAUGGUUAUACCCAAAAUAUCAGUGACCAACUAUACAGGAGCCUCUUUAGGCGUUGAUGCAGAAUUCACCAACAUGACUUUUUACGGUGGCAAGGAUUUCGUCAUUAAGAACCACAGUCAAGAUUUUGACGCAGGAGAAUGUCACACAGUGAUUUAUAUACCAAAAAUUAAUAUGGUAACAAAUUAUAGAAUAAAAGGAAAAAUUCUGAUCCUGGAUAUUGAUAGCAGCGGAAAAGCCGAAGCUACAUUCAGUGACUUGGUUAUAACGGCAAAACUAAAAAUGAAAAAAUACCAAAAGAACGAAAAGGAACACCUAAAAUUCGAAAAAGAUAUUUUUGACAUUGAUAUUGGCAAAGCAAUUAUUCAUUUAAAUAACAUCUUUCCCAAUAAUCCAGAAAUUAGUGAAAAUACAAACCUAGUUAUCAACGAAAAUAUGGAUCUCUUAAUGCAAGAUAUUAAGCCUAUUGCGUUAAAAACAGCAAGAGACAUUUUGCUCAACCUUCUCAAUCGCGUUUACGAAACAUUCUCCUUCGACGAGUUGUGGCCUUUAGAGUAAAAUAUCUUCCGAGAAAGUACUUAAUAAAAACACACAUUUCCUUAAUAAAAUUAUAAUAAAUGAAAUAAGUACG